AACCCAUAAUCCCUUGUGUCUACAGAGCUGGACUCUUAACCUUUCAUCAGCCAGCUGGGUUCUGAAGUUAAAUUAUAUGAAAUAGAACAAUUAACCGGAGGGCAGAGGCAGCGUGUUGCACUGAAGCUGAUGUUACACGAACGUGGUUACUAGUCUGCUACUGUAAUACUGUUCUAGUGAUAGCAAAAGGGCCUUAACGCCUCAUUGUCUUGUAGUACUUCCUAAUUCUAGUAUAGGGCUGUCCCAGUUGGUGCAGGAGAGGUUUUGUGUACCUGAUGCCCAGGUCAUACUCUGCACUUGUUAUUAGGCUGCACGCCCUCUGUAUUCAAAACUUAGGUUUUAGUUGUGUAACAGUAGCUGCUAAUUUAUAUAUGUGAAUUUAAAUUGCACAGAGUUUAUAAAGUAAUUACAUAUAUACUGCUGCUAUAACUUAUGCAAUUGGUUGCAGGAUUAUAUAACCAUAAAGUAACAGACCCAGUGCUGCUGUAGUUAUAAUCUCAGGGGUCUUUAUCAUGAGUGUGUGGACUCGAGUUGGUGUGUUGGGGUCGGCUAUCUAUUGUAUUCAUAGGAAGAGGACUGCUCUGGCCGAUGUGAAAAAGGAUUUUAUCCAGUUUGGUGAAGGACCAGAGUAUGAACUGAAGCUGGUGCAGGUCAUAUUCCGACAUGGUGCCCGGACCCCACUCAAACCCAUACCCCAUAAAGAACAGGUUGAGUGGUCCCCUGAUUUAUUAGAAGCGCCCAAGCACACACAAUUUGAGUAUAUUGUCACAGACUUGAAUGGUGGCCCUAAACCUCCGUCUCCAUUUGAGGAACGGUACAGAUCUCACAAGCUGAAGGGUGGAACAUUCCCAGGGCAACUCACUACUGUCGGAAUGCAGCAGAUGUUCAACCUAGGAACCAGGCUCAGGAAGAGCUACACGGAGGAGCAGGAGUUUCUUUCUCCAGUAUUUAAAUCCUCUGAAGUUUUUGUCCGUUCGACUAACAUUGUGCGUAAUCUUGAGUCGACGAGAUGCUUGCUAGCAGGACUGUUCGAGCAGCAACAGGAAGGACCCGUGACUAUAGUCACAGCUGAUGCCAGCAGUGAAAUUUUAUACCCCAACUAUCAAGGCUGCCAAGAACUGAAGCAACUGACCGGUAACCGAAUGUAUGAUGCAUCCUCUCAGCCUGGUAUGUCUGAGGAUCUAAAGAAACUUCAUGAGGAUAUGAACAUUGAGAAAUCAAAACAGGUUGAUUUCUUUCUUCUCCUUGAUAAUCUAUUGGCUCAAGAGGUUCAUGGUUUCCCUUGCUCUCUAAAGAAUAAAACUCAACUUCAGAAGAGCGAACGAAGAGCAAUUGAUGUUGUGUCCUAUCUAAUGGGCCCCAGUAACAGGGGAGUCCUUCAGCUGAGUGUGGGGCCAUUUCUGCACACACUUCAAAGGAACAUGUUGGAGGUGAUCAAUUCUCCGGAUACGCUGCCCAGAAAGCUUUUUUUAUAUGCUGCACACGAUGUGACACUCAUCCCACUUCUUAUGGCUUGGGGGAUAUUUGACAACAAGUGGCCUCCUUACGCAUCUGAUCUGACCCUUGAACUAUACCAACACCAGCCUUCAAAGGAGUGGUUUGCACGGCUUAACUACAAUGGGGAGGAGCAAAUAGUGAAAGGAUGCCAAAAUGGACUCUGCCCUCUGAAAGAAUUUUUAACUGCUUUUUCCGAGUUUAUGUUAAGCCCUGAGGACUACAAAACCGUUUGUUCCCUUACCUCAGAAAGCCGUGCAAAUGACAUGUGACUUACAAACGUCCCAAACUCUCCAAAGAUCCCACUUAAAUGUUAGUGCCUCUUUUUAGAUUUGUGUGACUUCCUCACACCUCACUGCUGUAUAUUUUUAAAUAGGUUGUAUUUUAUGUAAAAAUACAAUUUCUAUAUAUUUUUUGAACAUUUAUGUAAACUUACCAAAUGUUUCUAUUAAUAUUGAGAUCUUAGGUUUAGAUUACAAUAGCAGGUGGACACAGAAGCUAUUGUUAAAGGGAUAUGAAAUAUUAUUUUGUGAUUCAGACAGAACAUUCAAUUUUAAAAAGUUUUUUUUAAUUUUACUUUUAUCAAAUUUGCUUCGUUCCCAUGGUAUUCUUUGUUGAAGAGAUACCUAGCUAGGUGUCUGGAGCACUACGUGACAGGAAAUAGUGCUGCCAUCUAGUGCUCUUGCUAAUGGAUAACAUUCUUACAAAACUGCUGCAGACACCUGCAUGCUCCUGAGCUUAUGAACCAGCUUUUCAACCAAAGAUACCAAGAGAACAAAAUAUAUAUAUAUAUAUAUUUUUUUUUGUGGUGAUUGUUUCAUAAGCAGCACAUUACAAUAUAACUGGUGCAGUUAGUACCUGCUGGAUAGUUGUACUGCUAACGGACUUAUUAACAGCAAUAUUAACUGGUACUGUUACCAUGACAACCCUUACUUAGACCCAUUGGAAUAAUUUGUAAAAUAUUGCAACAUAAAUUACAGAAUACAGUGAUAGUAAAGCUCAUAAUAUUGCAGUGCGAAUUAAAGAAUGAGUACAUAGGGUUAGGUGUAAUUUAAUUGCUGAAAAUGCUUUUGUUACAGUGUAUAUCCCCCCUUUUUCUUGUUGCUAAGUUGCUGCUACCUGCCCCAUUUCAUGCAGCAUUUUUUCAUCUUAUGACAAGCAGGUAGUACAGCCAAUAGGAAGCCUGCCCCCUGGUUUAUUGUUGCUUAGCAAAAGCAUCUGCACAAAUAAAAUUACCCAACCAUUUGCACUUGUUGUUUACUUUGCCUGCGCUGCAAUAUUCUGAGCUAUCACUUCAAAACCUAACUGCCCUGUCUGAAUAAAUGUGCUGCAUACUGUGGCCCAUGUAAAUGUAAUAAUGUUUUGAUUUUUUUUUUUAAAUUAAACAUCAUUUGAAUAUU